GUGACAUUUCGGGGUGUUGGGAUUUUUUAUGGCAGCCCUUGAUUACGAUUGAAAAUUACCAAUUACGAAACCAAGCCAAAAAGCAAAAGUUUUUUAUCGAAGCAAACGUUCCGAUUUGAGAUUAUGAUGUUAACGGGGAUUUGAGAUUAUGAUGUUAACGGGCCUAGAAUUCUUCAAUGUUUAAUGCUAUACUAUAAACAUAUUUCGUAUCGUAUUGCUUAUCGUCAAUUUGUGCAGUCGCAGAAAAUGGAUAUUUUGCGUCAUUUCCAGAAUAUUUCUUGGUGUAAACCAGACUGGUGCUAUCCAAGCAUGAGUAAGGAGACCAAUGAACUGCUACAUCAAUGCACAGAUCUGCCAACUCUGAAACUCUCUGAUGAUGUAGAGGAGCUUAUCAAGAAGAGUAAAGCGUUCCCCAUACCAUUCCCUAUAGAAACUGUCAGGUUGGAGAAGUUAAAAGUCCGCAAACCAAUAGAGAAAUUGAAAAGGAAUAUAGUGUCAACAUACCCUUUGAUACAUGAAAGAGUUCUGUUGUUGAUGACACACUUUAUUAUUUACAAAAGAGAAUUUGGUUCUAACAUAGAAAAAGCAUUCUACAAAGAUAUGACAGUGCCUGAGUUUAUAGAGAGGAUACUCAAAAAACGCGCUGUCAUGUUUAUGAACGAAAGCGAUGACUUUCUUCUAUUAUCUGGUGAAAGAGAUCAUGAUGGUUGGGAGCAAGUUGGUACUCUGCAUCAAAAACCUCCACUCUUACUGGAGAACUGUUUGAGCUAUGAUGAGAUGAAGCUAUCCGCUAUGAUCUACGUAAGUGGGUACACAGAAUGCAUCAACGAUGGCUCGAGAACUAACGCUGGGGUUAUUAGAGAGGACAUCGCUGAAGAAGACGCCGUCAUUAUUGGUCUAAUAGGUCCACGUUUCGAGAGACGUGGUCGAAUGGACUACGAAGAUAUACUAAUAACUGAGCAACAGAAUUGCCUUGAAAAUGGUUACGGGGAAGAAGUGACGCCUACAACGUGUCUAAAUGUUCUGAAGACUACGUAUGUGAGGAACAACCAGUCCGCUAAACAUAUGUGGAGACAAAUGUGGUCAGAGUUCUACCAGGUUCACAGUUACACGUACGAAGAACUAACGUCAUAUAUAAACAUCCAAGACAAGGACGAAGACAAACAGUAUCUGGACAGAUAUGUGAAGCAGCCUCACUCUGACAAUAUAUUCGAUAAUGAGGUGUACUACAAGAGGCUGAGCAUUCUCGUCGAAACCACCCUUCUAGAGGCAGAAUACAGAGCUGUGGAGAGCGGGAGAGAUGCCUUUAUUAAUGUUAUAGGAUGUGGACUCGGCGUGUGGAAGAUAGCCCCGCACCAGCCGGACGUGUAUAUCCUCACAUUCUUGGAGCGGAUACGGGCGUUUCUCAAGAAGGACCUUUUGAAUCACGUCACUGACGUCAACUUCGCGUACAUUAGGACGAGUCGCGGUAUACAAUCAUUAUUCACAAACUCUCCUGUUCAUAAUGAUCAGUCACCAAUCGAAAAAAGAAUUUUCUUCGAAUGCAAACGACAUCCAAAGGGUGGUAUAAAUGUGCAAAUGGAGAACAGAGAGCCCUCUGCGAAGCUGAAAGGUGAACACGAAGGGAAGCUACUGGUCAUGACUUACCCUUGGGACAGCAAUGCCCACCCUGGGAACGAAUUUUGGAUCGGAAGUCUAUCCGGAUCCGGAGAUCCGGCAGCCGCGUGCUCCACACAAGUUGCAGAACUGCACAACGCACACAUCAACCCCGCCGUCAGUGGCUACAACGUGCGAGUCGCGGGUCGAUAUGGGAUCAACUCGCUAGCGGAAUAUUCGCGCUCUCUCAUUACGUAAUACUGAAAGAGAGAGACGGAUGUACUUUUACUGUCUUGCAUGUUAGUAGCUGCAACGUACGAGUCGUGGCCCGAUAAAGCAUCAAGUCACUAAUGGAGUAUUCGCGCUCUCUCAUUACGUAAUACUGAAAGAGAGAGACGGAUGUACUGUUACUGUAUUGCAUCUAUGUAGCGUAUAAACAACACAUCAACCUCGCGGUUAUAAAUAUUCGCCCUCUCUCACGGCGUUAUACUGAAAGAGAAAGAUGGGUAUGCUGUAUACUUUACUGUCAUAAAAUGCUUAGUAUGAAUCCAAUGGUCCUUGGAACCGGAUUAAACUAAUAAAGAUAAUAUUAGGACAAUGUACUCGAAUACUUCUUUGAUACGACUCUUGAUUACGCAAUAGUGAGAAGGAUGGAUGAAUUUGUGAGCAAGAGAAGAAUUUAUUGUAUACUUCAUUCCUAUAUGACUUUUGUAUACAAGGUAUGUAUAUGUAAGUUUGUAUGUAUGCAGGUUAGUUUAUCUAUUUGUAUCGCAAAAUUUGCUUCAAUGCACAAACAAUAUAACAACAUACAAACAUAAAUGGCGCUAAAAUUUUAGAGUAUUCACAUCUUUUUCUUACCAGCGUAAUAAGAAAAGGACAGACAAACUUAGUUUAAUUUAGAACUGUCAAACCUCAUGGCAAUAGGUGCCAGUCGGGAGCCUAUCGUUUGAAGAGCACACUAAAUUUUAGAGUCUUUUUUAAAAUUAAUUUUCCGUUCUUUUUUAGCAAUAUGAAACAGAAAAAGAUGCAGCUAUACUCUAAAUUUAGUUUAGAGAAAAACAUCAUUGUGGCCAAUUUUACUGUACACCAUUUAAACUAAACCGACAAGUCUAAAUGUAUUGCUAUCCCUUUCAUUAUGCUCCCUGUAGAAAAAGGUAGCACUAGAUUCAGACGUAUCAAUUUGGUUAAAUUCAGAGAUAGUAUGCAACAGAGUUAACCAGUUGAAAAACUAUGUUUUCAGAUUUUGUAUAGUGGCAAAAUAGCUUUAGAUUAGAUUAAUAUAUAGCAAUGUAUCGAAACUACAACGCACAUGAAACAAUAUUAUGUAGUACGAUAACUUGCCUUUUACAGACUCAAACUAUUAAACGGUAAAAGUAUCUAUUUAUUUAGGUGACAAUUAGACGGUUUACAUUAUGAAGUAAAUAAGAAAAUGGAUGGUAAUGAACUAACGAAUAGUGAACGAUUUUUACAAAACCAAAAAAAAAACUUGCUAGGUUACCCUUAAAAAGUGAAAAGAGAACUGUGGUGGUUAUGCAAUGUACAGUCAAAGGCCGUAAGUCGUUUAGCACCUUAAUGAUCAUAUUUGCCUGACACAGUUAUUCACAUGCGUUAGGUGUGUGUGGCGUGCAUAUAGAAAAAGGUCAUAAGUGCGAUAGGUUUUUGAAUUGCUACUCGAAUUCUGAAUCCGAUCGUACAUGAUGUUAUGUGUAUAUGUAUUGCAGUUUCUAAUGAAAUAAUUAGAGAAAUGAAAUAUUGGGAAAUACAUGAACAGCGCCAUCUAUGAGGCUUUUAAAGAACACGGCCAGUGGGGUGAUUCGUUGAGUGUCUAACACUGAUUGAUAGCCACUAAGCUCAUUUGACAUUGAUUGGUUCUACAUUGCUGCUUCGCUAAUGGAAAUUAAAAUAAUUUUUCGUAGAAAACCUUCAAUGGGUUAAAAUAAAUGUCAAAUGAGCUUGGUUGCUAUAAUUCAGUGUUAGACAUUGAGUUAGCGAGUAGGCUGGAAAGUUCUUCACUAGUAGUCCAACCUGAAGUUGCAACAUGGUGGGCACUUUGCGCAGGUCAUAGGCUGGUCAUAGAGCGCAUUUUGACUUUGCUCAGUCUUAAGAUUGAGUUAAAACGAGACAGAUUUAUGGGAUAGAUAUACCUCUGUCUCGUUUUAUCUCUGUCUAAUUUGACUAGUAGUCAUCAUCCCAACUGCUUAAAAUGUAAUGUGUAAUGUAACAAAGUAUAGCAAUAUUAU